ACUUUACUAUCUGGUCACACUUAUCUAGCAGCUGAUUGUAGACAGCGUUCGUAGAGAAUAUUUUAAAUUAAUUUUAUGAGCUUACUGUACCAAGCUGUCCUGGUUUGUAUUGAGGAUUAACCAUGGGCGUACCUACAAGCGAUUGGCUUUAUUGGUGCCGCCUGUGCGCUCGCGAUGAUGUUGUUUACAAAGUUCGCCAGCGGGACGAAAGUCUGGUGAGGAUCAUUAACAAAUGCUUCAAUGUGAAGAUAAUCCUCGAGGAACCUGAGCUAAGCAGCAUGUUGUGCGAAGAGUGUUUUUCUGUGAUUGGUCAGCUACUCACCUUUUCUGAGAGCGUAGAAAAGGUCCAGGGUAUUUUCGAGUUACUUCGACAUUCGGAACCGCUAGACAGCCAGGACUUGGACGAACUGCGGCAAGAUUACGGACUCCCGCCGACGUGUAAACAGGAGCUGGAGUUCCUGGAAAUUGAUGAUCAGGAGGACAAGUAUUCCUUGGAGGAGUUAGAGAUAUCCGACCAUUCCACAUUACUGUCACCGGAUGCCCAGACGAAUAGCGUUCCCAUGCAAAACAAUUCCACAAAAUCUAAAAGGCAACUUGAAGAAGAAUACCUGUCGGAUCAAUCCAGUGCGCCAUCAACUAAUAUCCAAUCCACACACAGUCGAACGGCAAAAAAACGUAGGGCAUCCGACUAUGAGUUGGAGGAAUAUGGUUUGCACGAUGACGAAUUAGUUUUGACAGAGGAUAAGACCACAUCUAUACAACCAGAGAAAAGAAAACGAGGAAGACCCAAAGGAUCAGGCAACAAACAACCGCGUCUGGACGAUAGCAAGAAUCUAAGUACCCGCAAAGCGAAUAGCAUUGAUAAAGUUAAACCACAGGACAAGACAUCGAAGUACAGUUUGUCGCCUCAAGAUGGCUCCCAGAGCUCUUCCAUUGCCGAUUUUUCGUGCAAGGCCUGCAAUGAGUCCUUUAUGUCCUUCAUGGCUCUGCGCCGACACAGGCACGACAUGCACGGUGGCCCCAAGAAAUUCGUCUGUGACAGCUGUGGGAAAGGCUUAAAGACCUUCACAUCGCUGGUUGAGCACAAGCUAGUUCACACGGAUGAGAAACCCUGUGUAUGUCCCGUGUGCAAUGCGGCUUUCAAAAACAAGGCCAGACUUAGGGUGCACAGCCAGACGCAUGGAGACCCCAAGUUUAAAUGUAACAUAUGCGGAAAGAUGCUUCAGACACGUGCAAUUCUCAACAAGCAUAAGUAUGUUCACACCGAGGAGCGACGCUUCAAGUGCGAGAUUUGCGGCAAUGGAUGCAAGAACUCUACGGCCCUGAAGAUCCACCUCCUUGGGCACACAGGUCUUAGACCCUAUGUAUGCAAAUACUGUGGAAAGGCAUUUGCCAGUAACACCAAUUGCCGAUCGCACAAAUGGAAGAAGCAUCCGGAGGAGGCGGCCAAUGAGGAUGAAAGCGAAUCUUCACGUGUGGCAGUUCCCACAUUGGAGGAACUUCGAGCCAUCACCCGGGAAAUGGCGAAAUCCAGGAAGGAAACAUAGAGCAUGAAAGUUCAGUUGAUGUACACUUCCAUUUUAAGUUUUUUUCUCAUCGUUACAUGUAAAAUAAAUUGAAAUUUAAGAAAUCUUUUUUCUCAAUCAUCGUAAAGGAUUGGCCUUUUAACCGAAAUAAAAUUCAUUUCAUUUUGUUUUCCAA